GGGGCCCUGGCUGAGGGAGCUCCGGGGGCCCUCAGACAAGGGGAGGAUAGUGUCCCCUCUGGGCCACAAGUGCCCAGGGAGGCUGCUUCCGGGAGCAGCUCCGAGCUGAGUCUCAGAGACUCAAAGUCAGCAUUUCCCAAAGAGAGUCCAUCAGCGAUUUCAUGCAAAAAGAGUCCUGUGAACCAGAAAGACUGGGAAAUGUUUCGGUGUGUUUAAUUCAGCAGGUUUCUUUCCUGCAGGACUUCUCAGAGCCUUUGAGUUGCUAAUGUGCACAGGGAAUCUUUAUAGAGGAGGAGGAGGAGGAGGGUGAGCCCUGCACUGCCUGUGACCAGAUACUGGUGUGGGUGGGUGUGGCUGCGUGUGCAGCUUCUCACAGCCCCGGUGUGAGCAGAGCACACCCCAGGAAAUGCAGAUACAGGGUUAAGAAACAGCCUUGGCCGUGGAGUGGGGCAGGUUUGGGUUCGAAUCCCAGCUCUAUUGCUUCCCAGCCGGGGGGCCUUGGACGAGUAGAGCUGAGGACCCCGUGUGUCUGGUCAGCCCAGCCUGGAUGCAAAGGAGGACGCGGGUGGCGCAGUGAGCAAGGCCUGGUGGCUGCAGCAGUUCAGACCCAGCGUUGCCCAUGGAGCUGCAGGCCGAGGGGGCCCCUCCCCAUACGCGCCGGCCAGGCUUGGAGAGGCCAGAGGCCUAGGCCCACAGGGCAGGGGGUUGGCAGACAGAUGCUCCCCAGGCCGUGGGGUCUCUUGAGUCGGCUGCCGGGUGGGGGUGCCAAGGGAGGAGGAUGCCGACCAAGGGGCGCUACUUCCUCAACGAGGGCGAGGCGGGCCCGGACCAGGAUGCGCUCUACGAGAAGUACCGCCUCACCAGCCAGCACGGGCCCCUGCUGCUCACCCUCCUGGUGGUGGCUGUCGUCGCCUGCAUCGCUCUCAUCGUCAUCGUUUUCAGCCAGGGGGACCCCUCCGGGCACCAGGCUGUCCUGGGGACGGCAUUCUUCACGCUCGCCGUGUUCGUGGCUCUCUACGUGCUGGUGUAUGUCGAGUGCCUCGUCCGGCGGUGGCUCAGGGCCUCAGCACUGCUUAUCUGGGCCUGCCUUGUGACGCUGGGCUACGUGUUGGUGUUCGACGCCCAGAGCAAGGGGGCCUGCGCGUGGGAGCAGGUGCCCUUCUUCCUGUUCGUCGUCUUCGUGGUGUACACGCUGCUGCCCUUCAGCAUGCAGGGAGCCGUCGUGGUGGGGGUUGUCUCCAGCACCUCCCACCUCCUGGUGCUCGGCGCUGUCAUGGGGGCCUUCACGAAGCCCAGCGUGAGCCUGGGGCUGCAGCUGCUGGCUGAUGCUGUCGUCUUCCUGUGCGUGAACCUCACGGGCGCCUUCCACAAGUACCAGAUGCAGGACGCCUCCCGUGACCUCUUCACCUACACCGUGAAGUGCAUCCAGAUCCGUCGUAAGCUGCGCAUCGAGAAGCGCCAGCAGGAGAACCUGCUGCUGUCGGUGCUGCCGGCCCACAUCUCCAUGGGCAUGAAGCUAGCCAUCAUCGAGAGGCUCAAGGAGCGUGGGGACCGCCGCUACAUGCCCGACAACAACUUCCACAGCCUCUACGUCAAGCGGCACCAGAACGUCAGCAUCCUCUACGCUGAUAUCGUGGGCUUCACGCAGUUGGCCAGCGACUGUUCCCCCAAAGAGUUGGUGGUGGUGCUGAACGAGCUCUUUGGCAAGUUCGACCAGAUCGCCAAGGCCAAUGAGUGUAUGCGGAUCAAGAUCCUGGGCGACUGCUACUACUGCGUGUCGGGCCUGCCCGUGUCCCUGCCUACCCACGCCCGGAACUGCGUGAAGAUGGGGCUGGACAUGUGUGAGGCCAUCAAGCAGGUGCGGGAGGCCACGGGCGUGGACAUCAGCAUGCGUGUGGGCAUACACUCUGGGAACGUGCUGUGUGGGGUCAUCGGGCUGCGCAAGUGGCAGUACGACGUGUGGUCUCACGACGUGUCCCUGGCCAACCGGAUGGAGGCGGCUGGAGUCCCCGGCCGCGUGCACAUCACAGAGGCCACGCUGAAGCACCUGGAUAAGGCGUACGAGGUGGAAGACGGGCACGGGCAGCAGCGAGACCCCUACCUGAAAGAGAUGAACAUCCGCACCUACCUGGUCAUCGACCCCCGGAGCCAGCAGCCGCCGCCGCCCAGCCACCACCUCCCCAAGCCCAAGGGGGAUGCGGCCCUGAAGAUGCGCGCGUCCGUGCGCAUGACCCGCUACCUGGAGUCCUGGGGGGCGGCGCGCCCCUUCGCGCACCUCAACCACCGCGAGAGCGUGAGCAGCAGUGAGACUCCGGUCCCCAACGGGCGGAGGCCCAAGGCCAUUCCCCUGCGGCGCCACCGGACCCCUGACAGAAGUACGUCCCCCAGGGGGCGGGCGGAGGACGACUCCUAUGAUGAUGAGAUGCUGUCAGCCAUCGAGGGGCUCAGCUCCACCAGGCCCUGCUGCUCCAAGUCCGAUGACUUCUACACCUUUGGGUCCAUCUUCCUGGAGAAGGGCUUCGAGCAGGAGUACCGCCUGGCGCCCAUCCCCCGGGCCCGCCACUACUUCGCCUGUGCCGGCCUCAUCUUCAUCUGCAUCCUGCUCGUCCAUGUCCUGCUGAUGCCCAGGACGGCGGCUCUGGGUGUGUCCUUUGGGCUGGUGGCCUGUGUGCUGGGGCUGGUGCUCAGCCUGUGCUUUGCCGAUGAGCUCUUGAGGUGCUGCCCGGCCUGGGGGCCGCUCCGGGCCGUCUCCGAGCGGGUGGAGACGCAGCCCCUGCUGCGGUUGUCGCUGGCGGUGCUGACCAUUGGCAGCGUGCUCACCGUCGCCGCCGUCAACCUGCCGCUGAUGCCUCUCCCAGCCCUGGGGCUGCCUGCUGGGAACGAGACGAGCCCGAGGGCCGUGAGCAGCAGGGAGAGGACCCUGUGUGAGCUCCUCCCGUAUUACACUUGCAGCUGCAUCCUGGCCUUCGUCGCGUGCUCCGUGUUCCUGCGGAUGAGCCUGGAGCUGAAGGUCGUGCUGUUGACAGUGGCCCUGGUGGCCUACCUGGUGCUCUUCAACAUCUCCCCGUGCUGGCAGUGGGGCUGCUGUGGCCACAGCCUGGGCAACCUCACCAUGACCAACGGCACCCUCAGGUGGGGCCCAAAGCCCUCACUGCCGGGACCCCAGUCCCUCUGCCCGUCUCGGCUGUGGCCCAUUCUAGCACCUUCUGUUUUGCUUGGAUGUCAUUUCAAGCUAAGCUCCCCACUCUGCUCGUCAUGGGAUCUGAAGACGACGAUCAACUUCUCCUUGGUCCUGUUCUACACGACCCUCAUCAUGCUCUGCAGACAGAUUGACUAUUACUGCCGCUUGGAUUGUUUGUGGAAGAAGAAAUUCAAGAAGGAACAUGAGGAGUUUGAGACCAUGGAGAAUGUGAACCGCCUUCUUCUGGAGAACGUCCUGCCAGCCCACGUGGCUGCCCACUUCAUUGGUGACAAGUUAAAUGAGGACUGGUACCAUCAGUCGUACGACUGCGUCUGUGUCAUGUUCGCGUCCGUGCCGGACUUCAAGGUGUUCUACACGGAGUGUGACGUCAACAAGGAGGGCCUGGAGUGCCUUCGCCUGCUCAACGAGAUCAUCGCUGACUUCGACGAGCUGCUGUUAAAGCCCAAGUUCAGCGGUGUGGAGAAGAUCAAGACCAUCGGCAGCACGUACAUGGCAGCUGCAGGGCUCAGCGUCCCCUCGGGGCACGACAACCAGGACCUGGAGCGGCAGCACGCCCACAUUGGCAUCAUGGUGGAGUUCAGCAUCGCCCUGAUGAGCAAGCUGGACGGCAUCAACAGGCACUCCUUCAACUCCUUCCGCCUCCGAGUCGGCAUAAACCACGGGCCUGUGAUUGCUGGAGUGAUUGGGGCACGAAAACCUCAGUAUGACAUCUGGGGAAACACGGUCAACGUUGCCAGCCGCAUGGAGAGCACUGGGGAACUUGGGAAAAUCCAGGUUACUGAAGAAACAAGUACCAUCCUCCAGGGCCUAGGUUAUUCUUGUGAGUGCCGCGGACUGAUCAACGUCAAAGGCAAAGGCGAACUGAGGACUUAUUUUGUCUGCACAGACACUGCCAAGUUUCAAGGGCUGGGGCUGAACUGAGAGGGCUUUUGGUAGAUGCAGAACAUGCUGGAAGCCAGUUUCCCUCCCUGAAGCAAGCCAAGGGGAAGACGCAGCCCUACAGCAGUCUCAAAAGCAUCCCAAGGGUUUGGCCACCACCCUGACAGACGGCGGUGCCUGGCUUCCUUGGAUGGGCACUAGAGGAUUUCUCGGAACGUGCGCCAGAGCCCGGCUUGAGGCGACCACUGAGCCUUAGCUUGCACAGGUGGCCAGAACCUCCACACCAGCGGAAUCUACAGCAUAGCCUCCAGCACAGCAGGAAAGGGCUCGUUUGUGGGCUUCAGACCCUCGUGCCCCUAGGUGCUGUGGAGGAGAUCGGAGAGCACUGACUCACACACACAUUCCCCUCACCGAGCUGCACAAGGGAGACUCGUCUUUUCCGGGUACAAGACCGAGACAAGUUGUCCAUCAUGGGUUGGGGACCCCUUCUCCCAGUGGACCAACUACAGGAUUCUCCACUUCUCACACAAGCAUUCGGGUAAAGAGAAUCGGAAAGGGUGUUUUAAACCUAUAAAAGGUUUCAAGCAGUAGGGAGAAAAACCCAUGAGGGACGCUUGUUCUUUCUUGCCAUCUCUGGCAUAUGUUUGUUUUAAAUGGAUACAUUGCUAAUGGAGGUUUUAUCCUUUUAAAUGACUUCUUAGGAGCUAGACAAAAUAUCUUCCCUCCAGUAUAUUCUUUGCCUUUUUAACCACUGACACAUAAGCAGCACUGCUGUCCAGUGCCGGCUUAUGGGAUUAGUCUGGCUGUGGACGGAGCUCUGAGGAAUGUGGCUCAUGGCAAGGCGGCAAGAAGCGACGUAGCUGUGGCUUUGAAUCACACCACUUUGAUGCCAACGUUUUGAGGUUUCAGAAAAGCCUAGAAAACAAGGCACCCCCUCUGAGCCCUUCCCUGACCACUCAUGCAUUUUGAGUAUUCCUCUGCAAUCUUCAACUAUACCUUAGUCUUUAUAUUGGCAAGGAAAGGAGUCUGUGUAGAGAGAACUUGGACAGCCUGUAGUAUUCUUUCCUUUUCUUUAGUCCUCGUCACUAACUUUGAAGCCCUUCAAAAGUAAAAGGUCCUACUCAGCAUCAGCACGUGUAGAGGUUCCUGUAUCUGGGAAGCCAGCAGCGUCACAAAUGCUGAGAUGGUCCUGUUCUGAACCGAGUGAACUAAGGCAAGUGCACAAAGCCAGGCCUGUGAGAUGAUGUCUUACAGUGCUUCACCUCUGAAAGAAUCAAAGCCAGCCUACAUUUCAGGGUGAGAAAUAAAUGCCCCUUCCUUUUUCUGAAUUGAAGAGCAUCCCAGGAUUGCUAAUACAGUUGAAUUUCGCUAGGUAGCAGUGAUUCUCAGCCGGAAGUCCUCUGUGAAGCCUCUGAAAUUAUACCGAAAAUCUUGGGUACAGGAAACUUCGAAAGAGCCGACGGGGUUGCAGACAGGUGACUAAGCAGCCCGGUCUGCCUGGGAUGGAGGGUCUGGGACGAGUGCCACCCUGCGUGCAGCCAAGGGCAGGGAGGGGGACUGAAACAGACCUGCUGUCUGCGCGUGCCGUGUCUUGCUGUGGGGCUUACCAGCCCCAGAAGGGGCGUAUUCUAAUUUGCACGAAGGUGCUGGCUGGGCUAGAGGCAGCUCUAUGUGCUGCAUGUAACUGGAAUAGGUCUGAAUAUGAACAAAUUACAAGAACUUGCUGUGUAAAGGAACUUAACGGCAAAAACGCUGGUAAGGGAAAUAAUCCUUACUGAAAUUGCCUUUUUUUAACACUUUUCAUACAAAGGGCUGGCUUCAGGUAAUGCUGUACUAAACUCUAUACUCUUCAGUCAGCGGUGACCAGGGCUGCUCAGCAGGGCCCCCGGGAAGUCAGCAAGGCUCUGUCGCUGCUCCAGGUGGGCGCGAGUCUGUGCUGGGCCUCUCUGAGGUGAACGUGCAGUUGCUUCUUUUCCUCCAGCAACAGAAAUCCCCAUGGGGAGUUUAAAAAAUCAGUUGCCAUUCAUGUAUUUUUCUUUAUUUCCAAUUAAAGCACUGAGCUCGGAAAAGAAUAUUCUGUAAGUUUUUCCUUUUUGAUGUUUAGAUCAUAGUGUGUAACUGACCAUACAAAUCACUGCAGUUAUUUUUUAUAAAUCUGUUUUCCAACUACCAAGCCAUUUCCUCAUCGGUGUCAUUUUGUUUUAUGAAAAGACAAGUAUCUUUUCUAACAAACGCUGACCUUCUCUAUGGGUCAAGGACUUGCUUAAAAUUUCUACUAAGGCAGCCUUACUGACUCCAGUGAAAAUCACACCUGAAGUUUUCUGGUUUACUUAUUAGGAAACGUUCCUCACAGAAAAGAUGAUCAUUAACCACUGUGUGCAUUGUGUAUAUAACAGGUGAAUGUACAGAAAUAUGCUUUGAGAAGGUACAUGCAAAUAACUAGGGGUUAUUCUGUAUACUGAAUAUUUAUAGAUCUGUAACAUUUGUUUCAAAAUGUUGUAUUUCAU